UCACACAUCACGUGAUUAUGGAAAUGCAGGCAAAGGGAUAGAAAGUAAACACAAAAUCAGUGCGAGUUUUGACACCGAUUUCUGAAGACAAUCAGUGGUGGACUCACAACGACUCACGAGUGGAUCAGUUGGAAGCGAUGGCAGACGCGGAAGCAAAGGGUAAUCAAUACUUGGCUGAGGCGCGCAAGAAGUCGCGGUCUGUUCAGGGAUUCCUCAGCGGUUUGGUUGGGGGUGGUUCCCGUCAGGACGAGGCCAUUGAACUCUACGUUCGUGCGGCCAAUAGCUUCAAAAUGGCCAAGAAGUGGAACGAGGCUGGAAGUGCUUUCUACGAGGCGGCACAACUGCACCAGAAGUCUGAAUACAAACACGACUCGGGUGUCUGUUAUAUCGACGCCGCCAACUGUUACCGAAAGGUCGACCCCCAGAAAGCCCUCAAUUGUCUCCAGAAAGUGAUUGAGAUCUACACAGAUAUGGGAAGGUUUACAAUGGCCGCCAAACACCACAUCACCGUCGCUGAGAUAUACGAGAAGGAGUGCGUCGACAUCGGGAAGGCGUGCCUACACUACGAACAGGCGGCCGACUAUUAUAUGGGCGAACAGUCCACUGCCAGCGCUAAUAAGUGUCUGUUGAUUGUGGCCCGUUAUGCCGCACAGUUGGAACAGUACCAGAAGGCGAUUAAUAUCUACGAGUCGGUGGCAAAUACGGCGAUCGAGUCGUCGCUAUUGAAAUACUCGGCCAAAGACUACUACUUCAGGGCCGCCCUCUGCCACCUGUGCAUCGAUCAGCUGAACGCACAGUUGGCUGUCAAACGCUACGAGGAAAUGUACCCUCAGUUCACCGACUGUCGCGAAUGCAAACUAUUGAAGCAAUUGUUUGAGCGCCUGGAGGAGAACGAUGUGGACGGCUAUACGUAUACCAUACAGCAGUACGACUCCAUUUCCCGAUUGGACAGUUGGUUCACUAAUAUGUUAUUAAAGGUUAAGAAACAGAUGAGCGAAGAGCCGGACAUGAAGUGAGCGAUUGAUAGCGGUUUUGGGACUGAAUUCAAGCCAAUGAUUAUUUAGUCAUAAGUUUUGGUUUUUAAUGAUUGAAACGUUUCAUUAUAAUUGUAUCUACUGUACAAAUAUAUUGUUUAAUUUAUUGUUAUUUUUAUAAUUAAAUAAUUAUUAGUGAUAAUAAAUUGUAUUUUUUCCGGG